AGAGAGAGAGAGAGAGAGAGAGACUAAAAUAAAUAUAAAAAUCCCGUUAGAGAGACGCACAUUCACAGUCUCACAGACAACAAACAUGGCUGUCAUCGCGACGUUCAUGAGCACAAUAUUUUUUUCACUUCUCAGCCAGCACGCCGCACAGGAGUGGAAGGAGUACCCAUCACCCGGCAUCCUUGUCAGCCGCCCUAACGCAUCCAGCCAUGACACUCACAAGUUCUGCAUUAACUACUUCCGACCCAUCACCAAACUGGCUGUUAGUGAAGACUCAGCGCAAUACUACCAAGUCUCUGAUGCGCUGGAGUGGAAUGUGUGUGAUGAGUCUGAGCCGCCUCCUGCCACCACUGAUUUCAAAGACAGGCUGGUCUUCAUUACCGAUAACAACUGCUCCACUGUUGCCCAGGCCAGCAGAGUGCAGAGUUCUGGUGCUGUUGGUACCCUGAUAGUGAGAGACACAGAGAAGAUUGUCCGUAUUAAUGAAACUAAGUACAAUCUCACUCUGGCCUUCAUUCAUAAUGACAGCUACACUAAGAUCAUGGAAUCAGGGGAUGAGGUGACUGUGGGCAUGUACUCACCAGUCAUCACUCCGUUCACUCCCAGCCUGGUGAUCAUAUGGGUGAUGGCUCUCUUCACUGUGGCCCUGGGUUCCUUUUGGUCCGGUAAAGUUCGCCACAAGCUGUAUCUGAACGAGAGGGAGACGAUAGUGAGGGUGCCAGGAGAGGGGGAGCAGGAGAGUGUGGGAGGAAUGCCACAGGAAGAGACGUCCAUGCAUGUGUCGCCCUUUAGUAUUGUGGGGUUUGUCAUCCUGAUGUGCCUCAUGCUGCUCAGUCUGUACUACUUCUAUCAGUAUCUGGUGUACGUCAUCAUGGCUAUGUUCUGCAUCGCCUCCUCCAUGGCUGUCUUCUCCUGCCUGCACCCGCUUGUGUCCCGCAUCCCUUGUGGCACCUGCAGGACUCCUUACUUCAACAUCUACCUGGUGAGGGGAACGCUGGAGCUGCGCCAGAUCCUGCUGCUGGUGUUUGCUGUCAGCAUGGCCAUAUUGUGGGUGGUGAUGAGGAAGCAACCCUGGGCCUGGAUCCUGCAGGACACUCUAGGCAUUGCAUUCUGCAUCAAUGUUCUGCGGAUGGUUCGAUUACCAAACCUGAAGAUCUGCACCAUCCUCCUGAGUGGCCUGCUGGUGUAUGACAUCUUCUUCGUCUUCAUCACUCCUCUCAUCACAGCAGACCGCAAGAGCAUCAUGGUGGAGGUGGCCAAGGGAGGAGCAAGCCACGAGCAACUACCCAUUGUCCUGAAGGUGCCAAAUUUUGCGAAGGAGAUCACUCAGGUGUGCUCCUCUAUAGAAGACUACAACCUCUUAGGCUUUGGUGAUAUUCUGGUGCCUGGUCUCCUCAUAUCCUUCGCGUUCUCCUUCGACCUGCAAGUGGGCACGCCUCGCUAUGUCUACUAUGUGGUGAAUGUUAUAGGCUAUGGUGUGGGUCUCCUGGUCACCUUCGUUGCCCUGUGGCUGCUGAGUGGUGCCCAGCCAGCCCUCCUCUACCUGGUGCCCUUCACUCUCAUCCCCACGAUGCUCACAGCUCUCAUACGUGGGGAGUUUAAGGCCAUUUGGUCAGCUGACUCGGAUAAGCAACACCAUAAAUUUUGCUAGGUGUCUUCCUGCACCACAUCCUCUACCUUGUCUGCCAGUUUGAUACGGAAAGCGGAGACGAAGGAGGGGAAGUAGAGGCGGGUGAGGACGACAGCACAGAGGAGGACCUUCCCAACGGCACCUAAAAGUAUCCAGUUCUAGGUAGCAGAUCAUCGCUGCUCAUUCCCUCUUCACUGCCCUGAACUGUCUAAAAUGUAGCCCUCUUCAGGUAGUGUUUCAUUGCCUUGGGGUCGUUCCUUGAAGGUUGUGAUGGAGCAGUAAGUGAAGUGAAGUGAGAGAUUGGUGAGUGGUGGCCUGCCUCAUCAUAUCAGCGUGACAUGUUGAGUGCAUUCCAAGCACUUAUGUGUAUUUGUGUGUUUUCACCUCACUAUGUGGUCUUGAGUGUAUGUAACUUUGGUGUAUGAGAGAGACCGAGAGAAAAGGAGAUUAACAUGCCUCAGGUCAUUCCAGGCAACAGAGAAUUAUUAAUCAAGAGGUUACUGGAAGUAUUAAAGACAAGUUUGUCUAUUGCCAUUAUCUCCUAAGUGCAACAAAAGCUGUACAUAAUAUCAUGCAAACAAUCUUUCUUACUACAUAGAUCUGAGCAUGGUAGAGUCUCCUUCCUGACAGCGCUGAAGCUUGUUCUUUCAAGGCCAAUUAGAACUAGAUGCUGCAGUGUUAGAGAGCAAGACUGUGGAUGAGACAGUUUCCAAGAUGAGAGAUUGUGUGGUUCUAUCUUGCUGCUGACAAUAACAUUAAUGGCUGGGAGUAAAGAGAAGUGUUAAAGAGCUUAUUGGGUUCAGAGGAAGAGUUAAAUAGUCAUUGCAGAGUAUAAGGGAAAGACUUGUGUGGAAGGAGGGGAGAUUAGAGCACUGGGAUUGUGAUGCUGUGUGAUGCUAAAGAUAGAAUGAUGAACUAUAGGAAUGUGAUGUCUAUUUGUGAUGCCACUUUUUAAUAAUCUCUCUUUAUCAGGCUUUAAUCAGAAACUUGCACAAAGGCUUUUACCUUUUCAUAAUUCUAAGGUCAGUAGAUUUUAAAGCAAUCACAGAAAUUGUUACUAAUGCACCAUUGGGAAAGAUUCUAACCUGGUAUAAGAAAUGCAUGACUAGAACUGAAAACUGGUGAGCUAUUUUGAGAUCAUUGAGAAGUAUUAAAUCUUCACCACAUAUCAGAGACCUAACACACAGUCUUACACCAGGGUAGAGUUGUCUCAAUAGUACAUCUACAAUAUCUUAAAGCUGGUUAUCAAAGAGUUUUUUCUUGACAUGAGCAUUUUUUGAAGUUUGAAGAAUUGCAGGAAUGCUUGAUGGUGCAAAUUUAUAAGGCAUUAAUUUUAUAUCAUAGUGUUUUGUUUGAUUUUAUUUUGUUUAGUAAAGUAUGUGUUAAUCAUUUAUAUCUGGGUAAUUUAUGUAUAAAAUGUAGGAACUAUAUUUCAGGAAUGCUUAAGUAAUGAAUUUCUCAUCUAUUUACUAAUUUUGCUUUGUUUUUUAUAGUAUAGUUUGUUUGAAUGAUUUAUGUUCAAUAUUCUGUGUCAAAUGUUGUGUUUCUUUAUUUACUUGUGCUUCUUUUACUGUGCUUCAUUUAUUGCAGAGUUUGUUGACUUUGUUGUGCAGGACUGGGUGUGUUUGGCCUCAGUGAGAUUACAGUAACUGAGAGUAUUAGUGUGUGUGUGUGUGUGUGUGUGUGUGUGUGUGUGUGUGUGUUCAGUAUUUUU